AUGAGCCUGCAGGCAAUUAAGUACACCAAUGGCAGUCUUGCCAUACUUGACCAGCUGCAGCUCCCAUACGUGGAGAGAUAUUUCACAAUACAGACAUGUGAAGAGGGCUGGCAUGCAAUCAAGGAGAUGCGUGUGCGAGGGGCUCCUGCUAUUGCUAUCGUGGCGGCCCUCUCACUUGCAUCUGAACUUAAUAAUCUGAUAACAAACAAUAAAUUACCAUCCCAAGCACCAGACACACGGGCACUCAUCACUGAGAAAUUACGAUAUCUUGUGGAAAGCAGGCCGACUGCAGUUAAUCUGAGUGAUGCUGCACGAAAACUUGAGGCCGUAGUGACGGAGCAUGCCCAGGAAGUGGGAUCAACAGGCCAUAGUGUUGCAUCCUCGUAUAUCAGGGCAGCAGAGCACAUGCUAGCAAAAGAUGUGGAUGAUAAUAUGAAAAUUGGCCAACAUGGCUCAGAUUGGAUUGCAGCUAAUGCAAUCGCUAUUCCUGGAAGCAAGGCUACGGUUCUUACCCAUUGCAACACGGGCUCUCUUGCAACAUCGGGCUAUGGGACAGCAUUGGGUGUUAUACGUGCACUAGCAUCAGCUAAUAUGCUGCAACAUGCAUACUGCACCGAAACAAGGCCAUACAACCAAGGCUCUCGUCUGACUGCAUUUGAACUAGUCCAUGACCAUCUCCCUGCCACCCUAAUUACAGACUCAAUGGCAGGUGCAUUACUUGCAAAGGUUGAAGCAAACUUGAAUGCAGUUAUUGUAGGGGCAGAUAGGGUAGCAGCAAACGGUGACACAGCUAAUAAAAUAGGCACAUAUAGUCUCGCAGUCCUUGCGAGGUACCAUGGAGUGAAAUUUCUCGUCGCCGCGCCCCUUACGACCAUUGACUUCAGUACCAAAUCGGGCAAUGACAUUAUCAUUGAAGAACGGCCCGCUGUUGAGGUGUCUAGGGUUAGAGGUCUUAGUGAAGAAAGUGGGACUAUGGAGGGGCAGAGGUUGAAGACAGUAUGCGUAGCAGCAGAGGGAAUUAACAUUUGGAACCCAGCAUUUGAUAUCACUCCUUGCAAGCUUAUUGACGGUAUCAUAACCGAGAAAGGUGUCAUAGAAAAGGGCAAUGACGGUGAAUUUCACAUGGAAGAUUUGUUCUAA